AAAAAUACAAAACCAAGUCCGAUUUCGACACAGCUCAAAUCUCGGCCUUACCUAGAUCUUCUCUGUUGGAUUUCUGCUUCUUUGUAGCUUUCCUUCCCCCCAUUUUCUUCCGUUUCAUCAUUUCGCUUCUGAGCAAAGUCUCUAGUUAGAGGUGGUGGAGAUAGUGCUGCUGCACUGUGAAAUUACUGCUUAAAAUUUUGAACUCAUUCAAUAAUCAGUGACUUGCCUAUGUCAGACAUGGAAGAGGAAAAUGCUCUUGAGCUUCUACAGCGAUAUCGGCGUGACAGGCGUGUGCUUCUUAAUUUCAUAUUGUCUGGUAGCUUGAUUAAGAAAGUUAUAAUGCCCCCGGGUGCAGUUUCCUUAGAUGAUGUGGACCUAGAUCAAAUCAGUAUUGAUUAUGUUCUCAAUUGUGCUAGAAAAGGUGAAACGCUUGAACUAUCAGAAGCUAUUCGGGAUUACCAUGAUAGCAUUGGAUUUCCAUCCACGAAUAAUACAGGUUCUACCGAUGAAUUCUUUUUGGUUACAAAUCCGGAUUAUUCAGGUUCACCUCCAAGAAGGGCACCACCACCGAUUCCUAUCUACACACCCUCACCCAUUAUGUCAAGCCUAUCAAAAUCACAGUCCCUCCACUCAACACACCUUCAGGAACUAUCUGUUGACGACAUUGAAGAUUUUGAGGAUGAUGACGAUGAUGAGGAAGUUAGCAGUCUCAGGACUUCAAGAAGGAAUCCAAUUAAUGCCGGUGAUCUUGUGUUAGGAUUGCCUUCUUUUGCAACAGGUAUUGCAGAUGAUGACCUCCGUGAAACAGCAUAUGAAGUCCUCCUGGCUUCUGCUGGGGCUGCAGGGGGCCUCAUUGUGCCAUCCAAAGAAAAGAAGAAAGAGAAAAGGUCCAGAUUGAUGAGGAAGCUUGCUCAUAGCAAAAGUGACUAUGUUGUACCUCAAUCUCAACGUGCCCCAGGAAUGGCUGGUUUGUUGGAGGCCAUGCGUGUCCAGCUUGAGAUUUCAGAAGCAAUGGACAUCAGGACAAGGCAAGGCCUACUUAAUUCCCUUGUAGGGAAAGUUGGAAAAAGAAUGGAUACCCUUUUGGUUCCUUUGGAAUUAUUGUGUUGUAUUUCUCGAACAGAGUUCUCUGACAAGAAGUCAUAUUUGCGGUGGCAAAAGAGGCAGUUAAAUAUGCUGGAAGAAGGGCUUUUAAAUCAUCCUGCUGUUGGAUUUGGGGAAUCUGGGCGUAAGGCAAGUGACUUGAGGGUUCUUUUGAGAAAGAUAGAGGAAUCUGAGUCUCUUCCAUCAUCUACCGGUGAACUGCAACGUACCGAGUGUUUAAGAUCUCUUAGAGAGAUUGCCAUUCCACUUGCUGAAAGGCCAGCUCGUGGUGACUUGACUGGUGAAGUAUGCCAUUGGGCAGAUGGUUAUCAUCUCAAUGUUAGGCUGUAUGAAAAACUUCUCUUCAGUGUCUUUGACAUUUUGGAUGAGGGAAAGCUUACAGAGGAAGUUGAAGAAAUUCUUGAGCUCCUAAAAUUAACUUGGCGAAUAUUAGGAAUUACGGAGACCAUCCACUACACCUGCUAUGCAUGGGUAUUAUUUCAUCAGUUUGUUAUUACAGGUGAACUAGGACUCCUGCAACAUGCCAUUGAGCAGUUGAAGAAAAUACCGUUGAAGGAACAACGUGGUCCACAAGAGAGGUUGCACUUGAAUAGUCUUCGUUCCAAGGUUGAAAGUGAAGAGGGAUCACAAGAAUUGACUUUUUUACAAUCCUUCCUAUUUCCCGUUCUGAAAUGGGCUGAUAAACAGCUGGGAGACUACCAUCUUCAUUUUGCUGAGGGGUCAAAAAUGAUGAAAGAGAUAGCUACAGUUGCAAUUACUGCUCGGAGGCUUCUCUUGGAAGAUCCUGAUCUGGCCAUGAAAUCAGCAUACACGACAGAUCGAGAUCAGGUUGACUCGUAUAUAUCAUCAUCCAUAAAGGAUGCAUUUGGAAGGAUUGUGCAGUCUGUGGAAAGUGCAGCAGAUACGAUGCAGGAACAUCCAUUAGCAUUACUUGCAGAAGAGACCAAGAAACUUUUGAAGAAAGAUUCUACUGUUUACAUGCCAAUUCUAUCUCAUUGGGAUCGCCAUGCAACUCUCGUUUCAGCAUCUCUUCUACAUAAGCUUUAUGGUAACAAAUUGAAACCAUUUCUUGAUGGUGCGGAACAUCUCACAGAGGAUGUUGUAUCUGUAUUUCCAGCAGCUGAUAGCCUUGAGCAGUAUAUAAUGGCAGUUAUGACUUCUGCAUGUGAAGAGGAAACUGUAGAUGCCUACUGUAGGGAGAAAUUAACUCCAUACAAGAUUGAAACUAUUUCUGGAACAUUGGUUCUACGUUGGGUAAAUUCACAACUUGGAAGAUUAUUAGGAUGGGUUGAACGAGCCAUUCAACAAGAGAGAUGGGAUCCUGUAUCACCUCAACAACGGCAUGGGAGUUCAAUUGUUGAAGUCUACAGGAUUGUGGAAGAGACAGUUGAUCAAUUUUUUGCUCUUAAAGUUCCAAUGAGGCCUGGAGAGUUGAACAGUCUGUUCCGAGGCAUUGAUAAUGCAUUUCAAGUUUACACAAAUCAUGUCACUGAUAAGUUAGUUAACAAAGAAGAUUUGAUUCCACCUGUGCCUGUUCUUACACGGUACAAGAAAGAAGUUGGAAUUAAGGCUUUUGUAAAGAAGGAAAUAUUUGAUCCUAGAUUGCUUGAUGAGAGAAGGUCUACUGAGAUUAAUGUGACGACAACACCAAAACUUUGUGUUCAAUUAAAUACUCUUCAUUAUGCAAUUAGUCAACUCAAUAAAUUGGAAGACAACAUUCGCGAGCGGUGGGCAAGAAAGAGACCUCGUGAGAAUUUUAAUAUCAAGCGGUCCAUGGAUGAAAAAUCAAGAAGCUUUGUCCAAAAGGACGCCUUUGAGGGUAGUAGGAAAGAUAUAAACGCAGCUAUUGAUAGAAUGUGUGAGUUAACAGGAACUAAAAUUAUCUUUUGGGAUUUAAGAGAGAAAUUCAUAGACAACUUGUACAGAAAUGGUGUUUCACAGUCUAGGUUGGAUUCACUAAUUGAACCACUUGAUAUGGUACUAAAUCAACUCUGUGAUGUUAUUGUUGAGCCACUGAGAGAUCGCAUUGUGACAGGCCUUCUUCAAGCAUCAUUGGAUGGGUUACUGCGGGUGAUUCUAGAUGGAGGUCCAUCACGUGUUUUCUUUCCAAGUGAUGCUAAAUUAUUGGAAGAAGAUCUGGAGAUAUUGAAGGAAUUCUUUAUUUCUGGCGGGGAUGGGCUUCCUCGUGGGGCAGUUGAAAACCUAGUGGCACGUGUUCGGCAUGUAAUAAAGCUCCAUGGAUGUGAGACUCGUGUAUUGAUUGAUGACUUGAAAACAGCAAGUGGACUAGAAAUGCAAGGAAGCGGAGGCAAACUGGGUGCUGAUACUCAAACUCUCUUGAGAAUUUUAUGCCACAGAAGUGAUUCAGAGGCCAACCAAUUUUUGAAGAAACAAUAUAAGAUACCAAGAUCUGCUGCUUAAAGCCAUAUUGUUUGGAACAUCCGGAUAAGCAGAAGAAAAAAAAAUGGAGCAUUCUUUCAAGGCUUUCUUUUACGUGAAUGUAAUUUAUUUGGAUUCAUUUUAAAUUAUUCGAUUCCAUUUUUUCUCGUUUGAACGACUGUGUUGAUGUUGUUUGUAAUUAUCUUUCGUUCAAAGCCUCUUGGAGAGAAGAAUGAAUUAUUUCUGUUCAAGGUGUACAAUGUGGUUGCUCAAACUGGACCAGGUUCGACCUUAGCGUCCGAUGAAAUAUCUAGAGGGACUUGGGUUGGAAAGUCAAACCUUGUUGAUAA